AUGUCAAAGGCAGUGCCUCUUCCGGGCAUCACAUUUGCCGGCACUUCCUACGCGCGCAGCGAGAGGGUGUUUGAGCCUCUGCCGAGGAAUGACGCCAGGCGGGUCCGGCAUCGUGAGGUGGUCCGCUUUAGGAGCGCGCCUCAAGCACCGGCGCGGCCCCGUUGGAAUAUGUCUGUGUUGGAUGAGGCCCAUCCGUUUCCCGAGCGCCCCAUAAUGCACUCCCUGCAGCGGUUUGAGGGCGUCGAGGUGUCCACCAGGGGGUUUCCCCAGACAGUUCGUGGCACGAAGCACCUUGAAAACAAAUUUCGGCCACCGCUCUGGACGGGCCGGGAGAGAAACAGUUCUGCGACGAAUGUGGACCAGCGGCAGCGGCAGCGGGCCAGUUUUCUUUCCCGCGUCAUUGCCUCGGACUUCUCUGAAGGCAAAAAGAAGAUGCGACAGGGGUGGGACGUGUCGACGAUGCGUUGGAGCUUUGCGGGAAAUGUAGGUGAAGCGGAGGAGGGCCGAAGGAGCUACGUGGAGAUGAACAAGAGGAAGGGGAGCUUCUGGAACCUGGAGUCGUACCGCAACCCUGUCACUCGGGUGAAAGAAAUGAAUGAGAGUAUUCGAGAGGCGAAGCGAAAUGGACGAAUGCGAAGGGAAGAGGCCUCCUUACCGCCGCUGGAUGCUCGUGGUGCCCCGGCAGUGUUUAAGAUGAGCAACAUCGAUGAGUGGUGGCAUUUGGACCCCACACUCACAGCAGCAAGCACAACAGCAGCGCCUACUGUGGAUGUAUAG